UCACAAUCCAUACAUUCGGCCCGACCGUGCUCGUCGCGUACACAUAUACUUACAGAGUAUUUUCAGUUUUUCGUCUUACGCUCGCGGCUUGCGAUUUACGUUAUUAAAAAAAAAGCACAUUUUGUUACCGUGACGGAAUUUUAAAAUGGUUAAAAUGUUCGCGACAGUGUGUUUUCUAGCGGCUUUGGCAUUAGCCGUCGUCGGACGGGCGACGAAUAACGACGGCGACGACGACCAGCGUCAAGGCAGAGGGUGGAAUAAUAUGCUGGAUGGAGGCAAACGUUCGUGCGUCGGGUUGAACGGCCGACCAGGUAUAUGCAUGGGCCAAAGCGAGUGCACCGAAGUUAACGGAAAAUCAGUGGGCAGGUGUUUCCCGUUCGAUGCUUGCUGUUCGGUUACCCCUAAUUCGUGCGGUGGAUAUUCGAGUUCAAGCAUCACGUAUUUCCAAAGCCCUGAACAAUUUCAAGACGUAUGCGCGUACAAGAUCAACGUCAGACGAAACAUUUGCCAGAUAAGAAUCGAUUUCGAGAGGUUUUCACUCGGCCAACCGACCAAACUGACGUCAGAAUCAGCGUAUACGUGUGAACGUGACGAGUUUACAUUGAUUACGAACGGCAACACCAAGAUAAACGUGCCCGUUUUAUGCGGUGAAAAUGCCGGUCAACACGUGUACGUGCCGGUGAACCAGCAGCAGUCAGAAUCGAGGAGCAGCAACAACAACAACAACAACAAUAACAACAACAAGCAACAGUUGACAUUAAAAUUCCAGUUGACCGCCAGGGACGAAGACUACACUGAACCGGAACCAUUUUGGAAACUGAAGAUCACGCAAUUGGAAUGCCAAACGACGUCGACCAACUGGUGGAAGAUUAAAGACAUCGCACGCCAAGUCUGGGACUGGGAAGAUGAGGAGAGAGACGCCUCGAAAUCCAAGUACAGUCUAGCGCCAGAAGGUUGUUUGCAAUACUUCACUGACAGACGUGGUUCGUUCGAAAGCUUCAACUACAACAGAGGCAUGGGACACUAUUUGGGAAACUUAAAUUACGCGACGUGCUUCAAAAGAAAUCAAGACACAUGUGGAAUCAAAUACGAGGCGGUGAAAUUCCAAAUGGCGUACAACCAAAGGCUGACCAGUUCCACGGACCGGGACUGCGACACUGUUGCUGACUCUGCGCUGACCACGCUCGCACAGGUACAGACCACUCCACCCGCGGAAACCACUUCACCACCCGAGGGAACGACUGCACAACCGAACGACGACGAAUCCGAACCGCAGACGAACGGGCGUAGCAGGAGACGGCCGUCCGAACGUGGCGUGCACAACGACUACUUGCUCAUACCGGAUGGUCUAUAUUCGGGCUCGCGGUUUGCGUCUAAAUAUUGUGACAAGUCGCUGGAAAACAUCGACGACAGCACAGUCAAGACUCAAGGGCCCCUGUACGUGGCAUUUGUCAGCGACGAUUACUCGAAUUCUAACGAAGACGUGGAAAAGGGAUACAAGAUCGACUAUUCAUUGACAAACACUGGGUGUUAAACUCAUUAUACAAUCAUAACUCUAUUUAUUUUAAACACUAACAAAACUCACUACAAAAGCAUUUUGUUAUGCAAUUUUAUUUAUUAAUUUAUUAUAGAUAAUAAUAAUAUAUACUUAUUUAUUUGAAAACGAA